UUUCAUAUCGCCCCCACACCCAGCCUUUCACCAUGGGGUCCUUAUGGCAGAAUAUUCACAUGGGGUCCACUCGAUUUUAUCCAGUAGCCAUACAUAUUUCCAAGCACCGUCCCCUUUGGUCGGCUCACCCUCCUCCUGGAGGUUCCGCGCGUCACGGUGAGGGCGGAAGGUGGUGCGGUCCACACGGCGGCGCACAGGGGAGGCUGCUGAGGGUGUCGCCCAAAAGCGUGCCGACUUAUUGGAUAGGCCUGCGUGUUGUUGCUAGGGGCGUGGGCUGUGCCGUGAAAUAUCCCAGUUUCCUCAAACCUCAGUGAGAUGAUUUUUUUUUCUUACCAAGACAUCAGCAUCCGCAUGAGCAGAGAGAUGCGCUGAUGAAGAGCGACGCCUCCUCCGACCUGAGGGAAACCGUGGCGCAGUGAGCGUAAUCUGAUAAGCGCAUCCUGCACAGGACAGCACUCAUCUGCAGGAAUAAAAGAGAAACAGCUACGUGCGGAUAGUUGGAGGAACAAUGCAGAGAUGCUGAGGUCACACUUCACGGAGGCGAUUCACUGUUUCAGUCGGAACACCUGCCUCGUUUGCAUCAGCCAGAGCCCGCGGGUCGAUGAGCGCGCACAGGGGAUGACAGCUGCGCACUUGGCCGUCCCGUGAUGUGUCUUUGGAAGGAUUAAUGCGUCCUGUCCACUGUGAGGCCAGUGAUCUGUCUGCGGAACCAAUCGCAUGUUUUUAUAGGAGAGGGGACAUUAUGCAAUGUGGAGGGGAAAUGUUCGUGGGUUAAACUGACAGUGACAACAGGCGCAACUUGAACAGCUCUGUGCAGGACUGCAGCAGUGAGGUGACAGCUAGGAGGUGGCGCGCAUCCUCCCCCGAGCUGGAACAUUUAGUCGGGAUGUUUUGUGUGCAGAACAAAUUCAAGACGUAAGGCCACAACACCCCUGCGCCGGCGAACUGCGUCACUGCAUGCGAGUGUUGCAGGAAGCCAGUAAAGUCUCCCUGCGCCGCCGGGAGGCAGAGGAGCAUGCCCAUCACCCUCCUCCCUGUCGCUGGUAAGUGUCUCACUAGUUACCGGGCAUGGAUCCGGCAGAUGACUCAAGUAAAGAUCCGCCCUUGGGCUCCACUUUCUCCUCAGCACCGAAUCUAGACUCGGACAUAAACGCGAAUGCCUGCAGGCCUGUCUAUGAGAACGGGACGGACCACAAUGUCAACAUCCAGAGCGCAGCCCAGCGAGGAGCCAGCGACCCCAGCGCGUACCCCUCCACGGACUACCGGGGGCUCAUCCGCCAGAGGUUCAUCCGGAGGAGUCUGUGGGUGUCGGACUCCGAGGAGCACCAGCCGGUGGUGGACACGUGUGUCAACAGCAGCCCGGUGCUCAACAUCGACCUGCGGACCAUCGUGGAUCGGAGUCGGACCCGGGUCCUCCAAGGGACCCGCCUGGGGCUCCAGGAGACGUCCAGCACGGAGAGCCAGGCGGAGCUGAAGGAGAGCGCCACGGAGAGCGUGAGCGCGGACGAGGAGAAGGGGGACGGCAGCGAACACCAACCCAAGGCCGAGGUGGUCGUGCCCUCCGACGUCACAGGUAAAGCGGGAAGUGACGAGAACGAAGAGGAGCCCGGGAUGAAGGCCGUGUCCACCUCACCUGGGGGUCGAUUCCUCAAGUUUGACAUUGAGCUGGGCAGAGGGUCCUUCAAGACCGUCUACAAGGGUCUGGACACCGAAACCUGGGUGGAGGUGGCCUGGUGUGAACUCCAGGAAAGGAAACUGUCUAAAGUUGAGAGACAGAGAUUCAAGGAGGAGGCUGAGAUGUUAAAGGCUCUCCAGCAUCCCAAUAUUGUGCGGUUUUAUGACUUCUGGGAAUCACCGGUGAAAGGGAGGAAGUGUAUCGUUCUUGUGACAGAGCUAAUGACCUCAGGGACACUAAAAACGUAUCUGAAGCGCUUCAAGGUGAUGAAACCUAAAGUUCUUAGGAGCUGGUGCAGGCAGAUUCUCAAAGGCCUCCACUUCCUCCACACAAGGACGCCUCCAAUCAUCCAUCGAGACCUCAAGUGCGACAACAUCUUCAUCACUGGCCCCACAGGCUCUGUCAAAAUAGGAGACCUCGGCCUGGCAACACUAAAGAGGGCCUCCUUCGCUAAAAGUGUCAUUGGCACUCCGGAGUUCAUGGCCCCAGAGAUGUAUGAGGAGCACUAUGACGAGGCUGUGGAUGUCUAUGCCUUUGGGAUGUGCAUGUUGGAGAUGGCCACCUCAGAAUACCCGUACUCUGAGUGUCAGAAUGCUGCACAGAUCUACCGCAAAGUCACCAGUGGGGUGAAACCUGCUAGUUACGGUAAAGUCAGCGACCCUGAAAUUAAGGAAAUUAUCGGGGAGUGCAUCUGUCACAGAUGGGAGGAAAGGUACUCCAUCAAGGACCUCCUGAAUCAUGCCUUCUUUGCAGAGGAUACAGGUGUGAGGGUGGAGCUCAAUGAGGAAGAUGAUGGGAAGAAAUCCUCUAUUGCUCUGAAGCUGUGGGUGGAAGAUCCUAAAAAGCUGAAGGGAAAAUACAAGGACACUGGUGCUAUUGAGUUCACCUUUGACUUGGUGAACGAGGUCCCAGAGGUCGUCGCCCAAGAAAUGGUUGAAUCAGGUUUUUUCCUGGACUGUGACGUCAAGAUAGUUGGGAAGUCGAUCCGAGACCGCGUGGCUCUCAUCAAAUGGAAGAGGGAGCGCACUGUCUCGACAGGAAAUGGUGAGACGCAGCAGAACCUUCUGCAGGUUCCCAGUACUGGUGUACCACAGGGAGCCACAUUAGCCGCAGCAGAUUACGAAGACCAAGAGGGGGAGCAGCAGACCCUGAUCUGCACUGUGCCAACCACCACAUCUACUACAUCUGACAGUGGGGGGAGCUCUAUCGUGCAGUUAGACGACCUAAACAAUCAGCAAAACGGGCUCUACCAGUCUCCUCCAGAGCCCGUUUCCACGACUCACAUGAUUUACAGUCCUCCUGCACAGGCUGAGCCUCAAAUGCACCAGGGGCCCUACCAGCAACCCACAGCACAGGCCCCACUCGACAACUACACACAAGCAUCCACACAGUUACAUCAGGGAAACUACCCACAGAGCACAGGUCAACUGCAUCCUGGGGCUUAUCAACAAACUGCAGCACAGACCUAUCAGUCUCAAACAACAGUGUCUGCUCCUGCUACACCAGCUCCGACUGUGCUCCAGAGUAGACAGACAGCACAGAGCUUCCCGGCCGCAGCCCCCACUUUACAGACGCAUCCUGGCCAAGAGCAGGUACAAGGUUCCAGGACGAACUUGGGAGAUGUUCAGCUUCGGGCUCCAGUCCACCCUGUCUUGCAUGGUGUUCAGACUCCUCUCUGGGGAAGCGCUGCAGAUGCAGAAGCUACCUUACAUGCUGAAACUCGAACACUGGCACAAACUCAACCUCUGGUCCCAGCACAACAACAAACACCAGUCCCAGUGUCAGCUCAAGCUGCACCUAUACCCCAAACUCCAGCUUCAAAAGUCCCAACUUCAUUCCCAAUACAGGUUUCAAUAGCAGUUCCAGUGCCGGUCUCAGCUCUAGCACCAGUCUCGGCAUCAGGUCCUACUUUUGAGCCAAAACUCACAUCUACAGGCUCAGACUCAUCUUCUGUCAUGGGUAAACCGCAUCACUCAGUCCCAGGUUUGGUCUUGGCCCCAGUCCCUUUCAACCUGCCAGUCCCAGGUAGAGCUGCAGACCCAGCUUCUGCUCCAGCUUCUGCUCCUGUCGCAGCUUCAGGCUCGGCUCCAGUUCUGCAGCCUGCUGGCAUCCAGACGGCAGUGUCACUGCCUGAGUGUGCCAGUCUGGCCACGACUCAGCAAAACCUCGAAACGACAUUUGCAUCUAGCACCCUUCAACAAGAGUUCAGUGCUGAGGAUGUGCUUCAGGACAAACCAGUAUCUUUACCCAGCUAUGCAUAUGACAGUCUCAACUCUGACGUGGCAUCUGGUAAAGAAAUGAGUGAUGGCUAUGACAGCUUGGCCAGUGUGGGGAAGGGCGAUGGAAAACCCAGGAAACACCACCGCAAGUCUGCCCGAACACGUUCUCGCCAAGAAAAGACCAGCAAACCAAAACUAAGCAUGCUCAAUGUUUGCAACACUGGAGAUAAAAUGGUGGAAUGCCAGCUGGAGACUCACAAUCACAAAAUGGUGACGUUCAAAUUCGAUCUGGAUGGAGAUGCACCGGAGGAGAUUGCCACUUACAUGGUGGACAAUGGCUUUAUCCUACUGUUAGAGAAGGAGAUCUUCAUUGACCAAUUAAAGGACAUCGUGGAUAAAGCUGAGGACAUGCUGAAUGAAGAUGUAGAGGGUGAAAGAGCGUCAACCUUGAGUUGUAGUCCUCCACAUGGCCAGAUGUCUGAGGGGUUAGUGGGAGAGAGUCAGCAGCCUGGAGCUCCUCAGCCUGUCUAUCAGCAGAAUGUUCUUCACACAGGGAAAAGAUGGUUCAUAAUCUGCCCAGUAGAGGAGACCCCCACAUCCAGCCAGGAGACCCCGUCUGAUGGCACGGCUACUCAGUCUCCUGGGAGUUCAACCACUACCCAGCCUGCAGACUGCAGUGGCACAGCGAGGCCCUCCAGAGAAGACGGCUCAUCUUCUACAAUGUCUGGAGGAAGUGGAGGCUUCUCCUAUGACGUGUAUGGAUUCUGUAGUCCCCCAAUAAUGUCCAACACAGACCCACUUCUUUUAGCCACUCUGUCCCCUCCUGUGUCUGCUCCCCCAACCCUCCAGUCCGUAUCAUCAGUGGAGCCUGCUGGCAGCUCUGGGCCGCCCAGUGUACAUCAGGCCCAGCCAGCCAGGGCUCAGACUGUGCCCCCGACAUCCCCACAUGCGUCUUUCCCAGUCGAUGAGUCUCAAGGAUCCCCUCUAGGAUCCGUCUCCCCGAUCCACUCUGCUCGGCAGAUGCCUGACAUGAUGAGUCCUGUUUCUAUAGCUGAGGAGGUGCCCUGCUGCCCUCUUGUCAUGCCACUUUCUCUGGAUGUGAGUGGUUCACAGGGUGGGUCUCCUCUGACCCUACUUCCUCUCCAGGAGCCAGAUUCAGCCAAAGAGCCACUGUCUGUCUCCUACGCCUCAGCGACACGAACCGAGCGACCGCAGCAGCCUGUGGUGCUCCACCAGCCUUAUUCCAGCAUGGGAGGGACCAAAGUGUCCUCACUCCCCCAGAGCCCAGCACCAUCCCAGCAUGGUGCGGGGCCCGGUGAGUCAGAUGGCGAAGCACGGCUUGGCCGCGGAGGCUUUGUGGACAGCACCAUAAAAACGCUAGAUGAGAAACUAAGGAACUUGCUGUACCAGGAAUAUGCCCCCAUGUACCCAUCAGGCAGUGCUGCAGAGACACCAGGCUCCUGCACUGAGUACAUCCAGUCUCCUCCUGGUCCAGACAGCGCCAUGGGAGGGUCAGGAAACAGCACGCCAGGGCCGAUGGGGGAGGGACGCUACAGGACAGGGGAACAGCUGCCUCAGAUUCCAGAGAGAAUGGACAGUUUGAGCACACUGAGUGACUCAGCCGUGUGUGCUUCCUUGUCAAGAAGACACGUUCCUCACUCUGCCUCCUGCUCUGGAGCCAGAGGUCGAUUUAAGAUCAUUUCUGUUCCUCCUGAGGUGGCAAACAGAAGAGAUGUGAAACAGAGGAGCUGGAGCAGCGCUGCUUCGCCGGCACACCCGGUUAGAUACAGACAAGACCAUGUUCAGGCUGAGGCCAUGGUCACCUCCACUACGAUCGGCCGCUUCUCUGUGAUUAGCACUGAAGACGACAUCACACAGAGUACACGCUGCAGCCGCUACUCUGCCCCGCCUGAUUUCUACCUAGACACACCUCCUUCCAUGGCAAAGCGGAGCUCCCUGCCUCGUGCCCUGACCUCACCCUCCGUCCCUGUGGACGUCACUGUCCAUGCUCGCUUCCUCUCCUCAGACUCGGGGGCUGAGAGUAGCCCUGCGAAGCUGGCCCCUGCCACCCCAUCUCAGCGGACUCGCUCUGAGCGCAGAGGAAGUGACCUCAUGAAGAGGGCGGUGGCCUUCCUCCGUCGCUCAGGGCGCAGCAGCAGUGUGCAGAGCUCAGACUCACCAAGUAGGCAUGGAGGUGUGCAUGGCUCAGCCUGUGGCAGCAGCGAUAAUGACUCAGAGAUGGAUGACUCAGACAUGAAGAGGGAACUGCAGAGACUCAGGGAGAAACACCUGAGGGAGAUCUCUGAGCUGCAGGCCCAUCAGCGGGGAGAGGUGGAACUGCUAUAUAACCGGCUGGGCAAAGUCCCUCCUCCUGGCCUGGGUCUGUCUCACACUGCACCGCAUAACGGCCGGAGAAAGAGAUCAGGCAGGCACAAGCUGAAGCCUGGCAAACUUCUCAGCCCUCUGGUCCAACAGUUUAGAAAUGUCACAACCAAAAGUAGUGACUCCAGCAGAUCUGCUGCUGCUGCAGGCGUAGGUGAGCCUACACUGAGUUUAAAUGGCUCUCCGGCCAAAGGGUCUUUCCCCUCACACGGCCGGGCACGGUCAUGCACGAGCCACAUUCCCAACUCGACCUCAGAGCCUGUGCAGACUCAGCAGCCUUGUUCCCUCAAGGGCUCUUUGUCUUCAGAUAAUAUUUACGCUGGACUACACGGAGAUGGUACCAGCACACAAGCUCCACCUGCUCAAGGCUGGUCUAAUUACCCUCAACCAUCUGAGAGAGUCACCUAUAAAUCCAGUAGCAAGCCACGAGCUAGAUUUCUCAGUGGGCCUGUGUCUUUGUCUAUCUGUUUGUAUCUCUUCUCUUCCUGCAUAUCUUCACUCGUUUGUCCUCCAUAUUUUCUAUAUGUCUUCUUUUAGCUCAGCCAUACUUUUCUGUAACACUGCUGGAUUCUUUUUUUUGCAUUACAUGGUCCUCGUCACUUAC